UUGGGGCAAUUUUAUCAAGGAACAUUAACAACGCGAGAACGCAUUUACCAAUUUGUUACUGGUCUGCAAAUUGUGUGCAGUUUCUUAUCAUUACUAAUAUUAUGUAUAGCACUACCUGUUUUGUAUAAUAAUGUUCAAGCAACUAUUGAUUACGUAAAUGUUGGAAUUGAGUUUUGUGAGCGUUCAAAUCAAGAAGCAAUGGUGGAAGUUGAACGUGGCAAACUGUACAUAGUAUCGAAUAGGACAAAACGCCAAACAUACGAUCGAAAUAGCGUAUCCAAUUCAUUUAGUAGAAAUUUCAUACUAGAUGAAGAAGUCAUUGGUACACCAAUCGAAACUGAAUGUCCAGGUUGUUGUAUUCCUGGUCCACCGGGACCAAGGGGUGCAGGAGGUUCUCCAGGAAAACCUGGAUCUCCUGGACCUGCAGGAAAACCAGGUAUUCCAGGAACCACUCCGAACCAAACUUGCUCUAUUCAAACAAAUCGAGCACCACCACCUUGUCGACCAUGUCCAAAAGGUCCACCAGGUAUCAAAGGUUGGCCAGGGUUUCCAGGUGAUCCUGGUCCUAUUGGUGAACAUGGGGCGAAAGGUAAAGAUGGUGAAGAUGGGGCACCUGGUGAACCUGGACCUCAAGGUCUUCCUGGUUUUCAAGGUGGUCCAGGUGCACCUGGUGACAAAGGUCCAACACCUGAAGGAGAUCUUAAAGAAGGUCCACCUGGAGAUCCUGGACCCAUUGGACCGAUAGGUGCUCCAGGUUUACCUGGACUUCCCGGUCGAAAUGGAUUAACAGGACCACAAGGCGAACGUGGAUGGCCAGGUCUUCCAGGUGAGCCAGGUGAACCAGGCUAUCCAGGUCCUGAAGGUCCACCAGGUGAACAAGGCUCUCCAGGUGAGCCAGGUAUAUGUGUAUGUCAAAAUGUUAACUCUAUCAUCCUUGUUAAUCCAUCAGCAUCACAACCACGUCUAUCAGAACAAAUGUUAUUCCAACAGCCAUCAAAUUAUCAAUCAAGUAUGCAACUGCGCACUCAUCACGAUCAAAAGGAAUAUGGCGGUUGA